GUUGAAUCACCCAGACGGUAAAUUUGACCCAACAGCCCUUCUUUCUCAUGGGUGCCGGGUUGUAUUAGCUGGGGAGACUAAUGAAGCCUCUUCUUCUGUCCCACUCCCAAGAGCUGCAGUGAGCUUUUCCUCUGAACCUGCGGCCCCGUUCGUGGGACACAAUUUUCCUAGUCAACAUAUACGUAUCCUUUCUUGUCCGCCGGAGAGAUGGUUGCUCGACUGAGGUCCCAUUCAGAAGACGGGAAGAUGGAAUGAAAAUCGCACAUACACUUCGUUUUUAUCUUUAAAUGUCUAUAAGUCCGUAUAUUUUCCAUCUUUCUCUCUUCGUAUAGACACAUAACUGCUUCGACCAUGGCCUCUCUUACAGGGGCCAUGGCAAUGCUGAGCCUGGGUGAUGAACAGCGGAGGCCGAACAAACGAGAAUUGGAGGAACCGACAGUGGGAAAGGAGCUCGACGGACAAGAGGACAAAGAGGAAGAAAAAGAAGAGAAAGAAAUCUCGCCCUUUCGCUUCUUUGACCUCCCUACUGAAAUCCGACUGCGAAUUUACAUGUUUGUGCUCUUCACCCCCCGUCGCAACCAGGCACCACGUCCCAUGGGCACCGUCGGUGCCUCAGCGAAGAACAUGCCUCCUGCCCCUGCCUCGCAUCGCAUCUCACUCUUCCUCGCCUCGCGCCGUCUCCACGAUGAGGCUACUCAUUACUUCUAUUCUACGCAGACAUUCCGUCUUUUCCCUAUCCAGGAUUACUCGCGACUGCCCACUGUCAGAGCACUGGCGCCACGAUACCGUGCUUGCUUGAAGACAAUAGAGUUGAUUUUAGGUUCGAGUUGGACGAAACCUCCUCGGUCAUGGACCAUCAAUAAUGGGCUGGGACUCAAAGAUAUGGUGCAUCUGCGAACCUUGAAGGUCUUUAUUGAAUGCGACCCAUCUCAUCCUGUGUUUCGGGGCUUUCGCCUCUCCAAGGAUUACUAUACCGUAUUUGCUGGGGAUCUUCUUCGAAAGGUCUUAAAGGGCCUUCCGAACUUGCUCCAAGUAGAGUUUGAUGGAUACCCAUCUGUACAGAAGGAUGGAGAUCUAAUGAAUCGUUUGCUGAUGGAGGCUAAACUGGCAAAUAAAAAGAUCCUUUGGGGGCCGGAAAGAGGCUGGACAAACUACGAGGUGAAUCACGGGAGUUGAGCCCGUGGCCUAAUGUCUGUUUAUGGAAUAGGAUAGUCGGCCGCAAUGAACGUCCAUAUCAUCCCGAUGUACGAUAUAGCUACAUAGACUUACUGGCUUCACAG